AUUCUUCGACUUUUUCUGUUGACAGUGUUCACGUCAUCAAAUAUAAGAAGAAAUUAGUUAACAGUGACUUUAAAAAUGAUCGUAAGCUAUUGUUAGCAUUCAGAUAUGAAAAACGAUAGAAGCGGAUAUUAAAUUGUUGUAAAGAACAGCGGAUGGGUUGUCAAGUCUAGUGUUACUUUAAAACAAACAUGUCUAGUGGGGGAAACGAAAGUUGAAAUCAGUUUUUUCAAACACAAGAUAUAUGAGUUUAGCAGAUGAACACAGCAGCAUGUCCUUUUCGCCGUUUGAUUCAGAACAACAUGGAUCGUUGGGCGAUCAUAGGGCAUCUUCGACAGGUGAUGUGAGUGAAAAUAAUCAUGAAGAAUCUACUACUGGAGGAAUGCACGGUUCUAAAACGGUUCCUUGCAACCUUGACGAUACGACACGUGAAACAUUUACAGCAGGUGACGACUCAGAUGAUGAUAAUGCGUACACAUUCAACCAUCAUAUGCGAGGCCAUGCGAUCAUAGUUGUAAAUGACACGUUUCAGAAUUAUGAUUACAGGGAAGGAGCAAAGUGCGACUUGAGAAAUAUGAAGGAGAUAGCUAAACAAUUUGGAUUCAAAUGGCAAAAUCGGCUGUUUUACGAAAAUGUUACACACAAACAGAUGAAUAUGGUUCUAAAAGAUGCAACCAAUGCAGACCAUUCAAAGUGCGACGGUCUUUUAUUCAUGAUAAGUACACAUGGAGAAGAAAAAGAAAAUCCAAAAGCAAAAGGAAAAAAGGAUCAUGCACUUAUUUGCUCAGAUGACAGAUUUAUUUACACAAGUGAAAUUACAAAAAUGUUCAAUGAUAAAAACUGUCCCUCCCUGAAAGGAAAACCGAAAUUUUUCUUUGUUCAGGCUUGCAGAGGCAAAGAAGUAGACGAAGGGGUCAACAUUUCAAUAUUGGGUAAAGAAUCCCAAGAUCCACCUCAUGACGCAUCAUCGACUAUGCGACAACACUCGGUUGACCAACCAGAUGCCAAAGGUGUACACAAUUUAUCGAAACUUUUACCAUCACAAUGUGCCGCUACAGGUAAAGGCCAAACAGAAACAAAUGAAACGCCAACACCAGUUGAAGGAAAUAAACUGUCGGAAAGGUCUGCCAAGCUACUUCCAUAUCCAAUCAUUGAAACACCAUCCUUGAAGUGUGAGAACGACCAACUUGUAUUUUAUGCAAUUCCACCUGGAUAUUUUGCUUGGAGAAGCGAAGGAGAAGGUUCAUGGAUGAUUUACUAUCUUCACGCACUCGUGAUGGCUCACUCUGACAAACGUAAGCUAAACCUCAUUAGCCUCCUCACCAGGGUAACGGCCAGAAUGUCAGUCAAAUCAACAAAUGUUCCUGGAGAAACUGAAAUGGACAAGAAAAAGGCUGUGCCAGUAAUCGAGCAUAAACUGAUGAAAGAUGUUGUGUUCAGUCCGUAUUUGAAGGAGUCAUAAUCCAACCUGUGUCACAUGUAUUUCAUAUGUACUAGUACCAGUUAUUUUAUUCAUGUAACGUAGAAAUACAAAAUUGCGUUUUAAAUUUUACAAUAAGGAAAUAUUUACUCGUAAAAGUACAAUAACAUAUAGUGGAUGUUAGAGUUAACAUACAACGUAAACGGAUAUGAAGACAUGCCCAGACAUAUAGUGAAUGCUAGAGUUAACAUACAACGUAAACGGAUAUGAAGACAUGCCCAGACAUAUAGUGAAUGCUAGAGUUAACAUACAACGUAAACAGACAUGAAGACAUACCCAGACAUAUAGUGAAUGCUAGAGUUAACAUACAACGUAAACAGACAUGAAGACAUGCCCAGACAUAUAGUGAAUGCUAGAGUUAACAUACAACGUAAACAGACAUGAAGACAUGCCCAGACAUAUAGAGAAUGCUAGAGUUAACAUACAACGUAAACAGCCAUGAAGACAUGCCCAGACAUAUAGUGAAUGCUAGAGUUAACAUACAACGUAAACAGCCAUGAAGACAUGCCCAGACAUAUAGUGAAUGCUAGAGUUAACAUACAACGUAAACAGACAUGAAGACAUGCCCAGACAUAUAGUGAAUGCUAGAGUUAACAUACAACGUAAACAGACAUGAAGACAUGCCCAGACAUAUAGUGAAUGCUAGAGUUAACAUACAACGUAAACAGCCAUGAAGACAUGCCCAGACAUAUAGUGAAUGCUAGAGUUAACAUACAACGUAAACAGCCAUGAAGACAUGCCCAGACAUAUAGUGAAUGCUAGAGUUAACAUACAACGUAAACAGCCAUGAAGACAUGCCCAGACAUAUAGUGGAUGCUAGAGUUAACAUACAACGUAAACAGCCAUGAAGACAUGCCCAGACAUAUAGUGAAUGCUAGAGUUAACAUACAACGUAAACAGCCAUGAAGACAUACCCAGACAUAUAGUGAAUGCUAGAGUUAACAUACAACGUAAACAGACAUGAAGACAUGCCCAGACAUAUAGUGGAUGCUAGAGUUAACAUACAACGUAAACAGACAUGAAGACAUGCCCAGACAUAUAGUGAAUGCUAGAGUUAACAUACAACGUAAACAUAUAUGAAGACAUACCCAGACAUAUAGUGAAUGCUAGAGUUAACAUACAACGUAAACAGACAUGAAGACAUGCCCAGACAUAUAGUGAAUGCUAGAGUUAACAUACAACGUAAACAGACAUGAAGACAUGCCCAGACAUAUAGUGGAUGCUAGAGUUAACAUACAACGUAAACAGCCAUGAAGACAUGUAAAGACUUCUACGACUCGGACGACACAGAGGCUAUGUCAAAGCUUUGUUUUUCUCUUCAAAAUACGAAUUUAAAAGAAAGAAGAACCUUUUCUCGUCAGAGGGCACAUUAAUUAAACAUUCAUCAUAUCGGUUCGACAAAUAAAUGUCUAAACUUUUUAUUAUGUGAGACAUUAUCCUAUUUGUGUAAUUUUAAUUUUUAUUUAUGAUUAUAUUGAACAAUGAAAACAAAAGUAUAGCCAAGUUAAUCCCUACAUCCUGUCCAUUUUGUAAUUGUCAUUCAUUCUGUCCAUGUUAUCUUCAUGUAUGGAUGCUGUAUGUAAGGGAUGAUUUCUGAACGUUUAUGACUGCAAAGUUGUGACUGCGUUUAAUUUUUCCAUUUUGGUUUUCCCUAUUACUGCUCACGUAAAUCAUUCAUUUUCUAAAUAAUAAUUAAAUCUGUUUGUAUUGUUUCUAAUUAAUGCAAUAAGAUGGUCGCUUAUAGUACUUUGUAUAAUGUCUUUAAACAUUUGUCUUGUGUUGUAUUAUAUUAUCAUAUUUGUUUUUAAAUAUACUGGAUAAAAAUAUACUAGAACCUUUAGAACAGCUUCGAUCGGCCCCUUCUACAAAAUGAUUGGAACAAAGUAACUGCAAUUCGAGUACAAUUAACAUAAAGAAAGUGGUCCAACUUUGAUACUCAAUAUCUAGCAAUUCUUUAUUUCUUUGCAGUUAAGUUAAUUGGAAAACGUCCAAUUUUAAUCAAGGUUUAUUGUUCAAGCUUUCUCUUAAUAAA